AUGAUUUGGUUGCUUGUACUUUUACAUGUGUGUUUGCAUUUGUUACUCUUUCAUUUUGCAUCCUUUCAUUCCUUAUGUCAUCCUCAUGAUAGCUACGCCUUGCUUCAAUUCAAGACCUCCUUUACUGUGGAUUAUCAGGUCAGUAUAUGUAAUGGUCAUGCUAAUCCAAAGACAGCAACAUGGAAAAAUGAAACAGAUUGUUGCUCAUGGCUUGGGGUUACGUGCCAUCCCAUAUCUGGUCACGUGAUCGGACUCGAUCUCAGUUGUAGUGGGCUUUUCGGUGAAAUCCAUCCAAAUAGUACCCUUUUUCGCCUUUUUCAUCUCCAAGUACUGAAUCUCGCUUUCAAUGAUUUCUCUCAAUCUCCAUUGUCAUCUCACUUUGGAGAGUUUGCGAGUCUCACGCAUCUCAACUUGUCUAAUUGCGACAUUGAAGGUGAAAUUCCUAUACAAAUCUCACACCUUUCAAAAUUAUCGUCACUCGAUCUCUCUUCAAAUUUUCAUCAGUUAAAAUGGAAAGAAAUGAGUUGGAAGAGGCUGCUCCAAAACGCAACAGUUUUAAGGGAGCUUGUUUUGGAUGACACAGAUAUGUCUUCAACUUCACUCAAACCACUCAAUCUCUCUUCCUCUUUGGUUACUCUUAGUCUGGUUGAUACUCAGAUAAGGGGAAAGUUGACAAAUGACAUUCUCUGUUUACCAAAUCUUAAACAAUUGCAUUUGUCAAAUAAUGUCAACCUUAAAGGGAAGCUUCCAAAAUUGAGUUGUAGCAUUGCAUCAUCUUUGAGUAUUUUGGAUCUUAAAACCUGUCAUUUUGAAGGGUCAAUCCCUUCCUCUUUCUCUAACCUCAAUCAUCUUACUUCCUUGGAUCUCUCAUCAAACAACCUCACUGGCUCUAUACCAUCCUCACUCUUUACCCUACCACAACUAACUUUUUUGCAUCUCAACGGUAAUAAUCUCAGUGGUCAAAUCCCAAAUGUCUUUCAUUACUCAAACACAUUUCAAGAAAUAGAUUUGAGUGAGAACCAUAUAGGAGGAGACCUUCCAUCAUCACUUUCAAACCUUCAACAUCUCAUUCAUUUGGAUAUUUCAAAGAAUGAAUUUAGCGGUCAAAUCCCAGACAUGUUUGGUGGACUACUCAAUUUGGAAACCUUCAGUGUCAGUCAUAAUAAAUUAGAGGGCCCUCUGCCCACCAAAAUAACUGGCCUUUCUAACCUAACUACAUUAUAUUUAUUUAACAACUUGCUAAAUGAGACAAUUCCCUCUUGGUGUUUGUCUUUGCCAUCUUUGAUGGAUUUAGAUCUAUCAACUAAUCACUUCACAGGUCAUAUAAGUGAAAUCUCAUCAUAUUCCUUGGAGAGUCUAGAUUUGUCCAACAACAAGCUGCAUGGAAAUAUUCCACUAUCAGUUUUCAGCCUUGCAAACCUUUCAGACUUAGAUCUAUCAUCAAACAAUUUGAGUGGUUCUGUCCACUUUCCACUCUUCUCCAAGCUUCAACAUUUGACAUCUCUUUCCCUCUCACACAAUACUCAAUUAUCACUCAACUUCACAUCUGAUGCCAAUAAUACUUUUUCUCGCCUAAUAAUAAUGGACUUAUCUUCUACAAGAGUGACUGAAUUUCCUAAUUUAUUUGGAAAAUUCCCAAGUUUGGUUUAUCUCGAUAUGUCCAACAGUAGACUUACUGGAAAAAUGCCCAAUUGGUUACAUGAAAUGAGUUCAUUAAAUUACUUGGAUCUCAGCUUCAACUUAUUGGCCGGUGACAUCUCUUCCUCAAUUUGCAAUGCAAGUUCACUUCGCAUUCUCAACUUGUCCCACAACAACUUGACAGGAACCAUUCCACAAUGCCUUACAAACUUAUCAUUCCUCUCUGUUUUGGAUCUGCAAAUGAACAAACUUUAUGGCACUUUGCCAAAUACCUUUUCAGACAAUCUUGCAGUUCUGAAUCUCAAUGACAACCAAUUAGAAAGUCUUUUUCCACAAUCAUUGUCCAACUGCAUAGAACUGAAGGUUUUAAAUCUUGGCAACAAUCAAAUAGAGGAUACAUUUCCACAUUGGCUUCAAACUCUACCAAGUUUGGAAGUAUUGGUUUUGCGAGCCAAUAGGUUGCACGGCCCCAUUGCUAGUUUAAAGACCAAUCAUUCAUUUCCCAGUUUAAUUAUUUUUGAUAUCUCAUCCAAUAACUUCAGCGGUCCAAUACCAAAAGCCUACAUAAAAAAUUUGAAGGCCAUGAAGAUUGUGAUUCCAGAAGAAACGGGUAGCAGAGUGCAAUACAUGGAAAUUGAUUUAAUAGAUAAAAUAUACAUUGAUUCUGUGUCUAUAACAACAAAAGCAAUCAACAUGAAUCUCUUGAAAAUUCCAAUAAACUUUGUACAUAUUGAUUUAUCAAAGAACAAAUUUGAAGGAGAGAUUCCAAAUAUUAUUGGAGAGCUUUAUGCACUCAAGGGGCUCAACCUUUCCCAUAACAGACUCAAUGGUUCUAUUCCCCAGUCCCUGGGAAAUUUGACAAACUUGGAAUCAUUGGAUCUCUCCUCCAACAUGCUCAUUGGCAGAAUUCCUGAAGAAUUAAUCAAUUUGAAUUUUCUUGAGGUCUUGAAUCUUUCUCAAAACCAUCUUGUUGGAGAGAUACCUCAAGGAAAACAGUUCAAUACUUUUUCAAAUGAUUCCUAUGAAGGAAAUUUGGGUUUAUGCGGACUCCCAUUGUCAAAAAAAUGCAGAAACACCCAUGAACAACAAUCUCCACCUUUAUCAACCAUGCAGCAUGAACAGAAAUUUGGAUUUGGUUGGAAACCAGUGGCUAUAGGAUAUGGAUGUGGAAUGGUAUUUGGAAUGGGCAUAGGAUAUUGUGUGCUGUUAAUAGGAAAGCCUGAAUGGCUUGUGAGGAUGGUCGGAGGUCGGCCUAAUAAAAGGGUGAAAAGGAGGAAUUAG